CUAGGGAGCGCGAGCAAGAGCUUUCCCGUUUCUAGGGUUUUUGGCGAUCGAGAAAACGAGGAGAUAUGUGCGGUAUCGCUUUGGUGCUUUCAGGAGUUCGGAUCCUAGGAUCCGAUCUCCAUAGCGAACCCAAUGGCGGAGCUUCACAUCCGACUGCUCAACAGGUGGAUGAACCGGUUCUAUUACUAGAUGAUCUCAAAGCUUCCCUGCUAAGAAGAGGUCCUGAUAGCAUCGGUUCGAGAAAGAUUCUGCUUCAUCUAAAAUGCAACAAAUCUGAUGGAAAUGACGAUGAAAGAGGAGAUAAGGAAGAAGAUUUAUGGUUGCAGGCUAAAGACAAUUCAAUGGAGUGCAUUGUUUCUUCAGUAGAACCUUGCGCUACACAAGAUGUUCGAAAUCAACAAAUGCCAUCUGAUGCAGAAAUUGAGCUCGUUGGGGCCACAUUACAACUUAGGGGAAUACGCCGUGUAUUCCAACCUUUGGAGGAUGUUUCUAGAAAUCUUCUUGUUUACAAUGGUGAAAUAUUUGGGGGGAUUCAUGUCGCCGACCGCUUUAAUGAUGGUCAAGCUCUUUUGGAUGAAUUGGGAAACUGUUGUUCCUGUGGAUUUCAUGAAGUCGAUCCGCUUGAAAGAUUUUUCUGUUGCAAUGCCAAAGGGAAGAAGUCUGUUCCAGAGAUUCUUUCAACCAUAAGAGGCCCAUGGGCUUUAAUAUACUGGCAGGAAGAGUCAAAUACCAUAUGGUUUGGUCGAGAUGCAUUCGGAAGACGAAGCUUGCUUGUUCAUUGGCCAACAUUUGAUGACUCAAGAUUUGUUCUCUCUUCUGUAUCAGCGCUUUCUUCAGUCAGGAAUGAUUCUGACUCUGAACUUGCAGUAUCGGCACACAGUCAUAUCUACUGGGAGGAGCUUCCUUGUGGGAUAUACAGUGUUAAUUUAAAAGCCUCAGGAGAAAAUAACCUGUGUAUAAAGGAAAAAAUAUUUGGCCAAGUUGUGAGGCAUGGAUGGGCUGAUUCUCUACUGAACAGGCUUACUGAAUGGGAGAGAACUAAUGUUGAACCCAGUGCAGAAGAAUUGUCUUUGCAUAAGCUUUCAUUUCGAAAGACAGAACUUCAGUCAAAAGCAAAAGGGUAUUUAAUGGAGACUUGCAAACUAUCAGGUUGUAUGCAGCCGGCUCAAAAGGUACUCUUUGCGCUAAAAGAAUCUGUUCUGCGACGUACUGCUAUAAACUCUGUUUUAGAGAAGUAUUCAGAACAGGAUGAAGACGAACUGGUUCCUGUAGCACUUCUCUUCUCUGGCGGGUUAGAUUCAAUGAUACUUGCUGCUUUGCUAGAUCAAUGUCUUAACCCGAGAUACAUAAUAGAUCUCUUGAAUGUAAGCUUUGACGGUCAACUUGCUCCGGACAGAGUUUCAGCAAGGAUGGGAGUAAAGGAACUCCAAAGAAUUGCUCCAUCUAGGAGAUGGCGGCUUGUGGAGAUUGACUCUACAUUGUCCGGUUUGACCUGGGAAAUCAAGCACCUGAGGUCACUUAUACAUCCUGCUAAGACCUACAUGGAUAUUAAUAUUGGCAUUGCGUUGUGGCUAGCUGCUGGAGGAGAUGGAUGGGUGGAUGGAGAAAUUUGUAGUUUUCAGGAUGAGCCCUGUCGUUAUAGAUACAAGUCAUCAGCAAAGGUUCUCUUUGUUGGUUCUGGUGCUGAUGAGCAGUGUGCUGGGUAUGGCAGGCAUAAGACAAAAUAUAGAAAGGGAGGAUGGUUUGCAUUGCAAGAAGAAAUGAAAUUGGAUAUGCAGAGAAUUUGGAGAAGGAAUUUGGGCAGAGAUGACAGGUGCAUCUCUGACCAUGGAAAGGAGGCUAGAUUUCCAUUUCUGGAUGAGGAUGUAAUUAAAUCUCUGCUGGAACUUCCCUUGUGGGAGAUUGCUGAACUCGACGAACCUGCUGGAAGAGGAGAUAAAAAAAUUUUGAGGGAGGUUGCAAGAUUGCUUGGCAUUGAAGGAGCAUCUCUUCUACCCAAAAGAGCCAUUCAGUUCGGUUCAAGAAUUGCAAGAGAAUCGAACCGAAAGACUUUUGGAAGCAAUCGUGCAGCAAAUCAAGCAUCAGCUGGGAGUGUUGAAAUUUCGGAGAAAUAGACAAUCUCACAACAAAGUUUUGAUUGAUCUCCGAUGGACAUAUAAUCCAAGAAAACUGGUGUGAAAAUAUAUGAAUUGUUUUACAUGUGGAACCAUGUCUCAGAUCCAUAUGCCGGUCAAUCCACAACUUAUCUGUAUGAAUGAGUAACAUGUUUGUAAAAAUUGCAUUUUUCAUUUGAAUAUUAAUUUUGUCAA